AUGUCCUCGAACCUUUCCAACUACGCCUUACAAAUGGCCUGCCUGAGUGCACGGAUAUUUGGAGAGGUUGCUCGGCCCACUGAUAGGCAGUCCAUGAAAGUCGUGAAGCUGCUCAGUGAGACGCCCAUGGCCAAGCGGAAGGAGGUCUACGACCGGUAUCCUCCCCACAACAUUGACUCUGGCCUUAAGAGGAAACUUCACUUCUAUGGCCUCUACAGAGAUGAGCAUGACAAUUUCAAAGAUGAGAUGAAAAGACUGAAGAAACUACGUGGGAAAGGGCUGCUGAAGAAAGGAGAAGGAAAGAGAGCGUUGAAGAGAGAAUAG